AUGGAGGUUUCUUCAGAUUCAAUGAAGACCACCCAACUGGUCUCAAGCCAAAAAGGAGGCCUUAGGACCAUGCCUUUUAUCAUAGCAAAUGAGGCAUUUGAAAGGGUUGCAAGUGUUGGGCUUCAUGCAAACAUGGUCCUGUACCUGAGAAAUGAGUAUCACUUUGAUAAUGCUACUGGAGCAAGCAUUUUGUUUGUGUGGGGAGCCAUGUCAAAUUUCAUGCCCAUUUUAGGGGCUUUUCUCUCUGAUUCGUACUUGGGUCGGUUUCGUGUGAUUGCCUUGGGGACAGUUGUUACACUAUUUGAAAAGAUAACAUCAAUUCACUGGCAAAAUACACAGGGAAUGGCUGUACUGUGGCUAACAGCCAUAUUGCCAGGAGCAAGGCCUCCUCAUUGUGAUCAAGAUUCAGACAUUUGUGCCAAAUCAAGGCCAGACCAGCUCGCGCUUCUGUUCUCAUCGUUCGCCCUCAUGGCGAUUGGAGCUGGUGGCAUUAGGCCAUGUUCUUUAGCCUUUGGUGCAGAUCAGUUUGACACCCCCAAUAACCCGAAAAACGAGAGUAUCUUGCAAAGCUUUUUCAACUGGUACUAUGCUUCUGUGGGAAUUUCUGUACUAAUUUCAGUGACUGUUAUAAUUUACAUCCAAACUGAAGCAGGUUGGGUUGUGGGUUUUGGGGUUCCUGUAGUCGUUAUGUUGUUAUCUACUAUUCUGUUCCUCUUGGGUUCUAAACUUUAUGUUAAGGUGAAGGCAAAUAAGAGCUUGAUGGUAGGUUUCCUCAAGUUAUAG